AUGCUUUUCUCUGGAUUGAAAAGCGUUUGUGUCGCUGCCCUUGCGGCUUCGCUAGUCCCGGCCGUCAAGGCGGACUGCGAAUGUGGGUAUUCUACAACAAUUGGAGAUAGCAAGGAGCCGAGUGUUUUCACGGAGCUCCUCGAGUCAGACUUCAGACGUGUCAACGCCCUUGGCAGCGAAACCAACUGGUUGCUUCCCGCAUUCAAUGUGACCAAGGAAAAGACCAACGGCCUGUACGGGUUGAACUUCCGGCCCAGCAAUGUCAUUACCUUUAACAACAAGAAGAAGGCGCUGUGGACCCGCACUGAAGUCACGAAGCCUGUGGCCACCUCGGGAGAUGGGCUCGAACUCGCUGUGAGCAGCAAGCUCGACCAUGACAUGGCAUCUGUGGCGGAGUUGGAUUCUCGGCGGGCUGAUCUCAAAUGGGGCUCGUACCGCACCAGCAUGAAGUUGACGGACGUUCCCGGCACUUGUGCUGCUUUCUUUUGGUACUUCAACGAGACGCAAGAGAUUGACAUGGAAUUCCUCUCCAAGGAGUUUGAUCCCAAGGCUGGUGUGUACCCUGUCAAUCUCAUCGUUCAAUCUCCGAAGGCUACCGAUAGCAACUACGACGCUGCGAAGGCUGGAAAUUUUAUCCGUGCUGAGCUGCCUUUCAAUCCAACAAGGGAUUUCCACGAGUAUCGGUUUGAUUUUGUCCCGGGCGAGGUACACUUUUACGCCGACGGCAAGGUUCUCGCCAAGAUCCAGGGCGCUGCGAUCCCCUCGAACUCUGGACAUCUGAUUCUCCAGCACUGGAGCAACGGCAACAACGUCUGGUCUGGCGGACCACCUGCAAAGGACACCUCCGUCUCGGUCAAGUACGUCAAGGCAUACUUCAACUCUACCGACACUGGGCACCAGCAUGCUUCGAAUGUGAGGUGUGCUCAAGCCAAGGACAAGAAGAGCUCGGUGUGCGAGAUCCCAGAUAUCGCAGCGGACAAGUCGGCGGAAGACUUCUUCUUCGGCAAGCUGAGACUGAACCAGACGCUCAGCAGGGCCAGGUUCAACUUCACCAACUCAAGCCUCGACAUGAAUGCCCGGACCAGGACCAAGAGUGUGGAGGAGGAGAAAGAGGAGAAGAAAAAGAAGGAGGAGGAAGGCAGUGCCGCCGUAUGGGGCGCCACCCAAGCCGGCCUGUUUGCUCUUGCAUUGUUGAUGACGAAGGUUUAG